AUGAUGAGAUCAGUACUUAUUAAACAGUUUGGACCAGUGGAGAACUUGAUAUUGGGAACAACAGCAUUGCCCGUGCCAAAGAAUAAUGAAUUGCUUGUACGUGUCAAGGCAUUCGGUUUGAACAGAGCUGAUAUAUUGCAGAGACUAGGUCGUUAUAAUCCACCGGCAGGAGAGAGCGAGAUCCUUGGUCUGGAGAUGGCCGGUGUCGUCGAGAAGAUUGGCGAAGGACAUUCUGGUCGCUUCAAGGUCGGCGACCGUGUGUACGGACUGGUGGGCGGUGGCGCCUACGGCCAGUUCUGCACCAUCCAUUCCUCGAACGCCCUGCACAUCCCCGCACACCUGGACUUUGUCAACGCCAGCGCGCUGCCAGAGGCUUGGCUCACCGCCUUCCAAGCGAUGUAUCUCGUCGGCAACUUCAAGCGUGGCCUCACCGUUCUGAUCCAUGCAGCGGCGAGCGGCGUCGGCACGGCACUCAUUCAGCUAGCCAAGGUUGGUGGAGCAUCAAAGAUCAUCGGCACGGUUGGAUCUGAGGACAAGGCCAAGUUUGUUCGUGACCUUGGCUGCACGCAUACAAUCAACUACAAGGAGACACCUUCUUUCGCGACCGAGAUUGAGACCAUCACCGAGAAGAAGGGCGUGGAUAUGGUGUUUGACUAUGUCGGCGCCAACUAUUGGAAUGACAAUCUCAAGUCGCUGGCGAUGGACGGCACAAUGGUCAUCCAGGGCACGAUGUCUGGCGCCGUCGUCAAGGAGAACGCCAACAUCGGAACGAUCCUUCAGAAGAGACUGGUGAUCAGAGGAUCAACUCUCAGGUCCAGAUCACUCGAGUACAAGGCAGACCUGAUUGAGCAGUUUGACAAAGCAUGCUCGCCACACUUUGACAAUGGUACCCUAAAGGCUGUCGUCGACUCUGUCUACACGGUCGACCAGAUCAAAGAGGCAACAUCACACAUGGAGGCCAAUGCCAACAUGGGAAAGAUCAUUGUCAAGGGAUUCGAGGAG